GUCUAGCAUAAAACGUACAGGAGGAUCGAACUACUGUUCAUCAUCAUCAAGCUUCGGCCCAUUUUUUCUAACUCCAUUUUAAGUCAUCAAACUUCAAUUAAGUUGUAUAGAAACGUUCUUCAAGAAUAAUGGGAUGCGGUCACUCUCACUGCUUCGAUUGCAUAUCCAAGUUUGUGGCUUCAAAGAUACAAGAGAACAUUGCCCGAAUCAGUUGUCCCAAUCCCGGGUGCGCGGGCGUUCUAGAGCCUCACCAUUGUGCAUCAAUUUUGCCAAAGAAUGUUUUUGAUCGCUGGGGGGACGUCUUGUGCGAGGCAUUGCUUUUGGCCUCUGACAAGUUCUAUUGCCCCUUCAAGGAUUGCUCUGCACUUCUGCUUGAUGAGAAGUUGAAUGUGGUAGAAUCUGAAUGCCCCGAGUGCAGGAGACUGUUUUGUGCUAAGUGUAAGGUCCCAUGGCAUCCCGACAUGGCUUGUUCUGAGUUUCAGAAAUUGCACAAGGACGAGAGGGAGAGUGGGGAUUUACAGCUUAUGCAUUUAGCGAAAGACAAAGAAUGGAAGAGGUGUCCUAAUUGUGGAGUCUUUGUUGAGCGAACUGAAGGCUGCCCUUUCAUGAAAUGCAGGUGUAAAUGUUCCUUCUGCUACAAAUGUGGAGCUCGUACAAAAGAUCACCAUUGUAGUAAAUGUGGCACUUAGAAUCUCGUCCACUCUCUUCGGGAUUUGCUCUUAACGAACCGAUGUUAGUCUUCAGUGCUAGCAGAGAAUUAUUCCUCCAGGAGUGUUGACGAUUAGAGUUUACAUUUG